AUGCAGCUCACCAAGAACAUCCUCGCCCUCGCCGCCCUCCUCCCGCUCACCCUCGCCGCUCCCGCCCCCGAGGGUCAGCUCGAGGCCAAGUUCGAGUCCGGCGUCAGCAUCCUCGGCACCGCCGUCGUGACGACCUACUCCGGUGAUGCCUGCAACGGCAACAACGAGCAGACUGCCGUCACCAACGGCGGGUACCGCUGCUUUGCCGUUUCCAACAAGCGGUCUAUUGGUUACAGUGGCUCCGGCUGCACCGUCACCACCUGGAGCGGCAACAACUGCCGCGGCUCCAGCUUUGUUGCUAGGAGCUCGGGCUGCUACAGUGUUUUGUAUGCGUCUGUUUCUAUCCAGUGCUAG